UGGAUGUAACAUGGCGUCAUACAGCACCGCUAGUUUGGCAGCCGGGAGGAAAAUGAAAUCAUUGUGCACAUCGCGAUCUUUACUUACAGAGAUGUUGCGAGAUGCUCAAGUGGACGACGCAUGCGCAGAAGACACAAGAAACCUCCAGCACAAUCCUUGAGUCUGCAGACAGACUUGCCGCAGACACAAGAACAGACAACACAGACAUUGUAACGACAGACACAUUAUUUAAACAUCAGAAAACAGAAUCUGAUGAACACAAUAGACUUUCAGCGCAAUCUUCUUUGCCAGAAUCAAACGAGAUUCUAAAUUCAAGAAGUCGGUACCUUGAAACUUUGGUUGUGAAUGAUAAAAGAUUCUCGCUGCCAUCAGCUAAGACUAAUUCGUCAGUCUGCGGUGCUUUAGCCUGUACUGUAUCAGUUUUAUUGCAGACGACACUGAGGUCAGCACUUUUGACCUGCCAACCUGGAACUAUUACAGAAUCAGCAGGGUCGAAGAAUCCACCAAAAAACGUGUUAACAGUCACCCCCUUCCAUACUAACAUGGCGUCUGUGUUACCGGAUAUCACAGGGUCCCAAUCGUCUGCUAAUCGGGAAAUUAUCGGUCCAAAAAUAGAAUGGGACGAAGAAAACGUAACUCUGGCAGAAAUUACCGACAAGGAUAACUUCCCUUGUGUGUGUUGUUUUGAAGAGAGCAUCAGAGAUCAAGAUGGGAAGCGAGAGUGUCUCCCCCCUGGGCUGAAGAUAUACUCUCGACAACCCGUCCUCAUGCAAAUGAAGGUCAACAAAUUACAAGCGCGAGCUAGGACUAUCAUCAAGGAUCCUAAAGGAGCGUUCUAUGAAGUUGGGCAGACGUUGAUUAUUCCCGUGGAUUAUCUCGGCUGGUUUGAACUAGUUCCAUCAGACUUCAGACGAGCCGAGUGCUUCAUGUCCAUCGCCGACGUUGCCAAGGCCAUGCCCAAGAAGUUUUUCACACGGUCCAAUGUCAAGGGCAUCAGGGUCGAAGGUGAAGGUGAGGCGCAGAAGUAUCUGGAGAGAAAAGUUCCGGCUGGUUCUGUUUUACAAACUACAGGUCUGUUCACGGCUACCUGGAAGACUGUGGCCCAGACCGGUCUACUGAAGAAAAAAACCAAGGAGUGGGAGACACAGGAAGUGACGUACCUCAAGUGUGUCGACCUUGACGGGGUCGAGCUGAUGAUCCCACUCACCCACAAGGGCAAGUUCAAUGCCAUCUACGAGAAAGGUCAGGUCAACCUCAACGCCGUCUACAGCGUCAAGGACGUUCUUUCUGACCUGACCUUGCCCAUCAAGGUCAGGCUUCUGUUUGGUAAAGCUCCGGUGGUGCCGUGUAUAUUUACAGGCAUGCUUGUGAUUCGAACCGCGACCAUAGACGAGUCUCUGGUGGGCAGCACCAUCAUCAACACCAGGAACGUGCUGUUUGAGCUCCCGGUUACGUCACCUGUCCAGGUGAAGUACCUGUCUAACGACGAGCCCCUACGAGACAUGAAGACCUACACCGACGCACAGAAGUUGUGCAAGAAGUACUCACAGGUCUACAGUACUAUGAUCAAGCUGGCCCCUGACCUUGACACCGACCAGAAGGUCAUCAUGCACGUGCCCAGUGACCCCGAGUACAUGCGGCAGGUGGACGAGUCCCUGCGUGCCCUUGACCUUAUCACGGACAUCAGCCUGACGGGAGAACCACGUGACUACCUGCUCGACUCUGACGCCGAGUCACUGGCCAGUGACGACAAAAUCGUCAUCCCGCCAAGGGACGCAACUACAGAAUUCACCGCCUACAAGAGCAGGGAGUCAACAACAUUCGUGUGAUACGUCACCGAUUCUUGUGUUUUCAUUCUACGUCUCGUGAGCUGUGUUUACUUUUCGUGUCAUCACAAACUAUACACGUGACAUCAUUCUAACCAAUCAGAGGCCAAAUAUACAUAUUGUCAAUAAUACUGUGUUCUUUGCGAAACUUAAAUGAUAAUUCAAACCUACUAUACAUAGAUCUAUAUCUACUAUUACUUUUGGUUAAACUAUUCCGACAGCAAUAAGUUAUAGCUGCAGCAAUGUGUGUUGGAUAAACAGUCCCUUAAGGAAAUGUUUUUAAUACUGGCAGCACUAGA